AGUGAAUGUAUUGAAUGCAUGAGAAAAAGGUAUUGAAACUCAUUUCAGUCAACCACUCAUUUGUUACGUGUCUUAACACUCAAUACUCUCCACGAAAACUAAUUUAGUUUUCAUUUUUAUAUACUUUUAAUUCAGUUUAUAAAUUGUUAUUAUAAUUAUCGUUAAGUCUAUUACCAAAAGAUAUGACGCGAAGUGGAAACAAAUGGAUCCACUGUUUGGUGGUAUUGAUAGCACUGUCUGUUUGUUUGGCCAAAAACAAAGACGAGACGACCGAAAAGGACGGCAAAGACAGCGUCGGGACAGUGAUUGGCAUCGAUUUGGGCACAACUUAUUCGUGUGUCGGUGUCUUCAAGAACGGCAGAGUGGAGAUCAUAGCGAACGACCAGGGUAAUCGCAUCACUCCCUCCUAUGUCGCCUUCACCGCAGAGGGCGAACGGCUCAUCGGCGACGCCGCUAAGAAUCAGUUGACAUCUAAUCCCGAAAACACCAUAUUUGACGUGAAACGCCUUAUCGGUCGCGAAUGGACUGAUCCCACAGUUCAGGCGGACGUCAAGUACUUCCCCUUUAAAGUGAUCGAAAAGAGCGGAAAACCACACGUGAAGGUCGAGACGGGAAGCGGACCGAAAGUGUUCGCUCCGGAAGAAGUGAGUGCAAUGGUUUUGGUCAAAAUGAAAGAGACAGCUGAGGCCUAUUUGGGCAAAAAGGUGUCUCACGCUGUGGUGACGGUUCCCGCGUAUUUCAACGACGCUCAGCGACAGGCGACCAAAGACGCCGGUGUUAUCGCCGGUCUGAAUGUGAUGCGAAUCAUUAACGAACCGACGGCUGCGGCCAUCGCUUAUGGUCUCGACAAGAGAGAGGGCGAGAAGAAUAUUCUGGUGUUUGAUUUGGGCGGCGGAACCUUCGAUGUCUCGCUUCUGACCAUCGAUAACGGCGUGUUUGAAGUGGUGUCCACUAAUGGCGACACCCAUUUGGGUGGAGAGGACUUCGACCAGCGAGUAAUGGAGCACUUCAUCAAACUGUAUAAGAAGAAGACCGGGAAAGACAUCCGAAGCGACAACAGAGCCGUUCAGAAGUUGAGACGAGAGGUGGAGAAAGCGAAGCGAACGUUGAGUGGCGCACAUCAGGCGAGGAUUGAAAUCGAGUCCCUCUUCGACGGCGAAGACUUCAGCGAAGUUCUGACGAGAGCUAAGUUUGAAGAGUUGAAUAUGGAUUUGUUCCGAUCGACACUCAAACCCGUCCAGAAAGUACUCGAAGACGCGGACCUCCAGAAGAAAGAUAUCGAUGAAAUCGUAUUAGUCGGCGGUUCCACUCGUAUUCCCAAAGUCCAACAGUUGGUGAAAGAGUUUUUCAAUGGCAAAGAGCCGACUCGAGGUAUUAAUCCGGACGAAGCCGUGGCUUUUGGCGCUGCCGUUCAGGCGGGAGUGCUGUCUGGCGAAGAGGACACCGGAGAGCUUGUGCUGCUCGAUGUGAAUCCACUGACAAUGGGUAUUGAGACCGUUGGCGGUGUUAUGACUAAAUUGAUUCCAAGAAAUACUGUCAUUCCAACCAAAAAAUCUCAAAUCUUUAGUACUGCAUCAGACAAUCAGCACACCGUCACUAUCCAAGUAUAUGAAGGCGAGAGACCGCUAACCAAAGACAACCAUAUGUUGGGAAAAUUCGAUUUGACUGGUAUUCCUCCGGCGCCCAGAGGUGUGCCUCAGAUUGAGGUGACGUUUGAGAUCGACGUCAACGGUAUUCUGAAAGUGUCGGCUGAAGACAAGGGAACCGGCAAUAAGGAGAAGAUCACAAUCACCAACGAUCACAACCGACUGACUCCCGACGACAUCGAGCGUAUGAUCAAAGACGCCGAGAAGUUUGCCGACGACGACAAGAAAGUGAAGGAGAAGGUGGAGGCGAAGAACGAGUUGGAGUCUUACGCUUACUCUCUAAAGAACCAAAUCGGAGAUAAGGAGAAACUCGGAGGAAAGAUCACCGACGAGGAGAAGACAACCAUCGAGACCGCCGUCGAUGAGGCCAUCAAAUGGAUGGAGUCUAACGCCGACUCAGAAGUGUCUGAAUUUAAAGCUAAGAAGAAGGAGUUGGAAGACCAGGUGCAACCCAUUAUUGCGAAACUAUAUGCCGGCGCCGGUCCCGCACCGGGCGGUGAAGCCGGUCCUGACGCUGAAAAGGAUGAACUCUAACCCAUUUUGUAAAUUAAUCGUUAGGUUUAGCUCUCAUUUUCACAUUUCGUUCACUUUUUGUCAUCAAAUUUCUAUUUAUUUGAAAUAAAUUUAGUUAUUAUUGGAAUUAAUAUAAAAUACUUCUUUAAAUUAAUUUUUAAUGUUUAAUAAAAAAUAUUGAGAUUUUUUUUA